AUGCCUAAACUGAAGAAGAAUAUUGAAAAACUGAAGCAUCCCAAUAGCCGAAAGAUGAUGUCUUUAGCGAAAAAAAUGACAAAGCAAGAGAAGAAAAAUCUAAAUAAACUUGGUACACACAUUAAGCACAACCUAUUAGGUGAAAAAAUCAUGUGGUUUAAAGAAAGAUAUCCAGACGAGUGUCAAGUCUUAAGCAAAGACCAGACGUUACACCUUAUUGAAUCAUAUUUGUCGCGUUUCGACGAAGAAUUAGAGCAAAUAGCAUUAAAAAAUUCUGUUGGACAAAGAAAAAACCGACAACACGCGAGUCGUGUAGAUAUUAUUAAUAUAACGAAAACGCGCGAAAAAGAUGAAUUUCAAUCCUGUGGUCUAGAAAUGCCAAACUUGAUGGACAAACAACAGGUGGAAGUCUUAAAAAACUGGAAUGGAGAGUUACGCUAUUUACAGAAUUUUAAACUGUGUAGGAUUUCAAGGAAACAACUGACAUAG